AUGGCUAGAAAUUUUGAUGAUAUGUUCAAUGAGGCUUUGUAUGGCAAAAUAAGACGGCAAGAUAACACACUCAUAGAUAAUUGGAUCGAUGAGUAUUUACUCGAAGAUUCAGAAGAAGAAGAUAUCGAUAGAAGCCCUAUCCCAAUUACUAGUAGAUGGAUCAACAGAGAUCGAGAAGCAGGACAUGAUCGCCUUUUUCAAGAUUACUUUGCAGAUGAACCGGUGUAUAAUGCUGAUAUUUUUCGACGGAGAUUUCGAAUGAGAAGAGAUGUGUUCCUUCGGAUAGUAGACGCUCUCUCAAACGUCUAUCCGUAUUUCCAACAGAGGGUUGAUGCAACUGGAAGAAGAGGCUUGUCGCCACUUCAGAAAUGUACCGCUGCGAUACGGAUGUUAGCAUAUGGUGUAGCAGUUGAUGCUGUUGAUGAUUAUGUGCGCAUAGGCGAGAGCACUACAAUUGAAUGCUUGGAAAAAUUUGUUGAAGGUGUCAUUUUCGUGUUCCAGGAUGAAUACUUGCAAAAACCCAAUCCAAAUGACGCGUGGAAAGGUAUGUACAUGAGUGGUUAUCGUGGGGUUGCAACCAUAGUACUUGAGGUUGUAGCAUCUUCAGACCUUUGGAUAUGGCAUGCGUUCUUUGGAGUUUCUGGUUCAAAUAAUGAUAUCAACGUGUUAGAUCGUUCUCCAGUGUUUGAUGAUAUUCUAAAUGACCGUGCUCCGAAGCCACAAGGUGAGAAACUCAAGUUAUUUGCACAAUACCAAGAAGGGCAAAGAAAAGAUGUGGAACGAGCAUUCGGAGUGUUGCAAGCACGCUUUACAAUUAUACGUGGUCCAGCUCGUUUUUGGAAAAAGAAAAAGCUUGCCAACAUAAUGAGAGCUUGUAUUAUAUUGCAUAAUAUGAUUGUUGAGGAUGAAAGAGACAGCUAUGCAGGAAAUUUUGCUCAAGGCUUAGAGUAUGAUGAUGUUGAAAAUGGCUUAUCACAACCUCAGUUGGGAGAGGAAGAUUUUGCACCAUACCAUCAAUUUCUCCAAAGAAAUUCCCAAUUUCGAAAUAGGCAGCAGCAUAGACAAUUGAAGGAGGACUUGAUUGAACACAUAUAG